AUAAAAUGGAUACAAAUGGUUCAGUUGUACACCGACACUCGUUUGGUUUGGGUUGUUGAAAGUUCAAAAGUCGAUUAAUAUUUCGAUUAUAGUUUCCUAUUUUUGUGUUGGCUGGAAAACUAGUUAAGCAGACAAAAAUGUGCGGCUAUCCGUGCUAUCCUUGCGCCGCCCUUUGUCCCUGCGGGGGCUGUGGACCCAGUGGAUUCUAUGAUCCUUGCUUUGGACCCUUCAACGGGCCGUUCAACUCGUGGUGCGGCCCAAGUGGACCCGGAUUUUGGGGAGGCGGUUGCUGUUGAUCUCUCAAGGAUCUAAGCUGGUCUUUCAGUGAAACAGAAGAAAAUUAGGAAACAUCUGCUUGUUUUGUUCCAUCUCAUUCAACAGUCCCAAAUCGAACAUUACCGCCAUUCAAAAAUUUAAAGUGCAUUUAAUAGAACAUCUAUGGUCUCUUCCCAUACAUUGUACAUGGCAAUGAAAA